AUGGCGACUGUGGUUUCUCAAGUGGCUGUGAACCUAGAGAAGCCUGUAGACAGGGAGAAGAUCUGUCCUUUGCUUCUGCGAGUUUUCUGUGCGAAUGGCAGACAUAACCCCAUAUCUGAUUACAUGAGGGGUGGAGUUCCAGCUAAUGAGCUUCAGAUGUACACAUGGAUGGAUUGUACCCUUCGAGAACUGACGUCGUUGAUUAAAGAAGUGAACCCAGACGCUCGUCGACGUGGAACUACGUUUGACUUUGCGAUAGUGGCACCUGAUCGGAUGAACAAUCGUUACACAAUUCGCGAUAUUGGUAACACCAUGAAUGGCCAGAGAGGUGUUGACGAUGGCAAGUCGCUGUCGAUGUGCAAGUUCGAAAUUGGAGAUUUUAUUGAUGUCGCCAUCACUAUGCCUGGAGUGGGACCAGGACCUGUUAGAAGAUAUGGAUCCUUCGGUGGACCGAUGAGGCGCAACGGCGAUGAUUUUGACAGAGAGAGGAGAAGGUUCAGCCCUACUAGGGACAGAUACUGA